UGCAUGCACCUACAGUACUCAGCUAGAGUCCAGCGGGUGAAUCCGGCCCGUGAAAGGGCACAGGGCCUACACUGUAGCACAUCGAAUUAUUGUGGCGCUGUCCUGUUCAUCCAGAACCUUGGUGACGAUCUCAAUGCGUCGAGAAAACCACGACUUUAGCUUUGCGAUUGAAUCCUGUUCUAGGUUAUGCUAAACAGCUCGCGCUCUAAACAUCUACUAACCUCAAGCUCGACGCCGACGCUCUAUAUAAACCCUCCCUCUGCUCCCAUCCAUCCCAUCCCUUGCUCCUGCAUCCGUCAACCUUGGUGCUUCAGGUCGACCUCGUCACCGAGGAGAUGGCUCUCUCUCGCCGCAUGGCCGCGCCCGUCCUCGUCUUCCUGCUCCUCCUCGUCGCCACAGAGAUGGGGCCGGCGACGGUGGCGGAGGCGAGGCACUGCCUGUCGCAGAGCCACCACUUCAAGGGCCUGUGCAUGAGCAGCAGCAACUGCGCCAACGUCUGCCGGACCGAGAACUUCCCCGGCGGCGAGUGCAAGACGGAGGGCCCCACCCGCAAGUGCUUGUGCAAGAGGAUCUGCUAGCCGCCGGCGGCACUGGUCCUCCGGCCGUUGUCCGUGCGCUCUUCGUUCUCUUCGUCGGUUCCUCAUGCACGCUGCGCCGUGACGCUGCAGCGGGCUGCAGUUUCCUCUCGCCUUGUUCUCUUUUCUUGGAAUAAAUUAAACUCGGUGCUGGUGAUGCCGAGGUGUGAUGCAUGUGUAGCGUGUGGAACAUCUCACUGUUGUUCUGCAUCCGUAGGCACUCUAUUAGUAGGCAAGAUGAUGUAAAUUAAAGGUCCUCCUUUCAACAUUGAUGUAAUGCAGUUUCGUGCCAGAUCAGCUUAAUUAAGUGCGGAUUUUUCUUUAAUUA